CACGAGCUUGUGCGCAGCAGAAGAAAUAACAGAAAAUACAGAGAAGUGAGAGAAGAGCGAGAGAGAGAGAGAAAAACUAGAGAGAAGAAAUGUCAAAGUUUCUUGGUUCUUCGUUAAUGGCGGUUACGAGUUUCUGUUGAUUUCUCUUCAACCUUAAAGAAAACUUCAAAAUCUCCCAUCUCUAUCUACUCCGUUUCGUUCUUCUCUUCUUUCUUCUUCUUCUUCUUUCUCCAAGAACCCUAAAUUUCGCUCCCUCCGACCACCGUACUGACUUCAUCGGCUCGAUUCGGGGAUCUACGGUGGUGAUAGUUAGCUAUGACCGCUCCGGUUAACUCCAAUUCGAUUCAGCGAGUGAAGGUUUAUCGUUUGAAUGAAGAUGGUCAAUGGGAGGAUCGAGGAACUGGAUACGUUACUAUGGACUAUAUGGAGCGAUCGGAAGAACUCGGUCUAAAUGUCAUUGAUGAAGAUGAUAAUGCGCCAUUGCUUGUACACCGCAUAAGCACUGAGAAUAUCUACAAUCAGCAAGAUGACACAAUCAUCUCAUGGAGUGACCAAGAGCUUUCAGCAGAGUUGGCUUUGAGCUUUCUAGAGACUGCCGGAUGCACUUACAUAUGGAAUCUAAUAUCCAGUAUGCAACACGUUCUGCAUUUCAAUGCUCUGAACGGCGAAACGUUUGACAACGUGAUCAGUGAGUUAGAGAAGCUUCCUGAUGUCAACCGUUCUAAUCUUCCCCUAAUACUCAAGAUUGUUACUAAAUAUGGCAGCGCCGAUGAGAUGCGAUUAAUCGAACUUAUGUUGAAGGAUGAUGCGUUCUUUCAGAAAUUGAUGGCUGUAUUUGAAGCCUGUGAGAUAAAAAAAGAUGUUGAUGGCCUUCACAUCAUGUUCAAUAUUGUCAAAGAAAUCAUUUCGCUCAACAGUUCUCAGAUCCUGGAGAUUAUCUUAGGGGAUCAACUGUUAAUGAAACUUAUCGGGUGCCUUGAGUGUAAGCUUCAAGACUCUGGUUGAACGUUGAUGAUUAUAACUUUCAGUGACGAAGAAGGGCAUGACAAGUAGGAUGUAGCUGUUUUGUAUCUAUGGGAUAGAUGAGAGCGUUUAAUUGUAUAUCAUGUGGACUUAAACUGGGAACUUCUCACCCAUGGAGAGUGAAACAUUUGCGUGCUCUUUGGUGGACUGUUUUUUCCUAUCUCCUGUUAAUUAACAUGUUACCUAGGGUUUGAAUUUGGAACCGCAAAUGUUAUAGGCCAAAUUUUUUUUCGUGCCCUCAU